CUCCAGUCCUCCGUCAAAGGUGUGGCUCCACAUCGGCCAGUCUGGGCAAAAUGUCGGGGCUCAACGUCUCCUUCGGAUAUUUCUUAGCAGUCGCAGUCUUGGCGGGGGUCGGGGGACGUCUGCUCAGGCUUCGCCCGCUCCGGCACUUCUCCGCCGAGCUGCCCGCUUCCUUCAUGCUGGUGGCCUGCUGGUCGGAGGUGCAGACGAUCACAAACUUGGGGCAGUGGGCCGGAGGCUACGGUCCGGACGUCACGUCGACUGUCCUCUUCGUGACGUUGGUGGCUCACGGCCUCGUGUCGCCGGGCGCCUCGGGGAACCCCGCCGUGACCCUGCGGAGCUUCCUGCUCGGGGACGCCUCCGCCCCGGCCGCCCUUUCCGGCCUCGCGGGCCAGGUCGCGGGCGCCUCUCUGGGGCUGGGCUUGGCCACCUGCUACUGGUCCCUGGAGCUGACCGACAUGCACCUGAUCCAGAAGCUCAUGUCGAGCGAGUGCAGCCCGGCGCUGCGCGUCCCCGCCCUGCAGGGCGCCCUCACGGAGGCCGCGUGCUCCCUGGCUUGGCACCUCCUCGCCCUGCGGCUCGAGCGGAGUCCCGAGCUCCCUCGGGUGCUGCUCUCCGCGCUCGCGCUCACGGCGCUCUCUCACGUCGCUGGCAGCUACACCUCCGGCUACCUGAACCCCGCGCUGGCGGCCGCGCUCACGUUCCGCUGUCCCGGGUUCAGCCUGCGGGAGUACGCGGCGGCGUACUGGCUCGGGCCUGCGGCCGGAAUGGCCAUGGCUCUGUUCCUGUACGUGGGACAUAUCCCUCGACUUUUUUCUAGGAAUCUCCUUUAUUCCCAGAAGAGCCGGUACAGAGUGCCACGAGGUAAGAGCGCCCGGAAGCGGACAGAGACAGCUGGCACCGCGGAGCAAGAAAAGAAGAGGGAGUGAACGUCAAGCCGCAGCGCUGCGUACAGUGAACACGUCUCUCCCGCUCGGCUGCAGAUUCACCUGAUCGGGGUUGGCGACUGGACCCAGAUUUAACCGGGCACUCGAGGCGGGAGGAGCUUUCCGUAUUGUUUCUAGACCGAAACUAAAUCGCUUAGGGCUUGCUGCGAUUCCAAGUGACAGUAUUUUUUUAAAUGAGACGUACAGUUCUGAAACUCGGAAUUCCUUAGGGUAAUGUGGACGUGGACCAGAAAAGCACAUGCUGUACUCCGCCAUGCAGACCGAUAACUCCUGUCGUGUUCACAAUAUGUCCUUGUACAGGCUCAUUGCUGACCCCUGGCAUAAACGCAGCACCAUUCAACAAUCUGGCUUAAUCGUGUCUGUCAAACGUUCUACAGGUCAGAUGGUUGGAAAAGUCGACCUCCAUUAUUGACCUAAUUCAGAGCUUCAGUGAAUUUGGGUGAUUUAUUAAUAAUUAACAGUAAGUAAAAUAGAUGUAAAGUAGUAGGUUUAUUCCAUGCUGAAAAGAGAAGAAAGAAAACAACGUCUCACA